GUACGUACUAUAUUUCCACCCCACUUUUAUCAUAUAACUCAAUUUCAUCAAAGGCAGCGAAAAAAAAACAGAUCACAUGUUGUCUGCAUCAGAAAAAUCCAUGGACCCACCCUCCCAACCCUCCUCCCCCCCCGCAGCCGCCGCCGUGCGGCUCGGCGGGCGAGCAAUCGAUCGCCACAACCCCAUCAUCCGAGACGGCCGGAGAUUCACUCCUCCGCCGUCUCCGAACCCUAAAUCUUCAUCAUCUCACCACCACACCAACAAUCAAAAGACCCAUAGAACUAAAAUGGGUAUGGAAAAUGGAGGUGGAAAUCAUCAAGACAGGCCUGAAGAACAAAACCACGCAAAGAAGACGAAGAAGAACAAGAAGGGACUCGCUAACAUUACUACAACUGCUACUCAGGGCUCUUCAAGGUACUUGUUGGACGAGCCGGUUUUCUUUGACGGGCUCGUGGAUUCAGACCCGGUUCCCAUACCCGUUGACCCGGUUUUCUCUGAUGGGUUCGGCAAUACCAACCCGGUUAAGGCUCCUGUCGACCCGGUUUUCUCUGAUGGGUCCGUGGAUUCCAACCCGGUUAAGGUUCCUGUCGACCCGGUUGAUGAUGGUUCGCAGAAAACUGAACCGGGUUUCUAUUAUAAGGAAGAUAGACUGAUACUAAAUGCCUCGAAGCACAUAUCGUCGUCUUUCUUGGAAAAGAAGAAACCAGAUUUCUUCAACGGGUUCUUAGAUUACGAUCCAAUAGUUAUGUGUCCUGAUUAUAAGUUGUUUGGUGAAGACAAACACCUUACAACUUCAUAUGUUCAAACCCAACCUCCGGAGAACAAACCAGCUUCAGAUCAGGUCGUGGUUUUGAGAGUGUCACUCCACUGCAAAGGAUGCGCUGUGAAAGUUCGGAAACAUCUAUCGAGGAUGAAAGGAGUAACGUCGUUUAACGUAGACUUCGCGGCGAAGAAGGUGACCGUCAUGGGAGAGGUAACGCCGUUAGGGGUGCUUGCGAGUGUCUCCAAGGUUAAAAACGCACAGUUUUGGCCUCAGAUUAAUUAACAAUGUUGGGUCUCUUCGCUUGCGCUCUUCAUGAGGUGACCGGCAGGAACCUUCCGAUCGAGACAGAGAGUUUGGAUUUCGGGUCUUUGCCCAAGGGCGUCCCCAUCCCUCCGUCCGGACCGAGCCAUGGGGAGACGCCUCCGGCGUGGAAAAUCAUCAGUCGCCCGAAUUUCGGGACAUUGCAGAGAGGACCGGUCCCGCCGUCUGGACCGAACGGUGGCCGACCGAAGUCGUCUCCUUCACCAGCGAUCUAGAAAAAAAAUUUCAAACUGUUAGAUAAUAAAAUGCGUAUGCUCCUUGGAAUUUGAUAAAAAUAAAUAAAUAAAUAAAUCUGCAAAUCUUAUAACCAAAACAAUGUGCGAACUGUGAUGUUCAAUACAUGUGGUUUUUCCGACAUGGGUCA